AUGGGUGCUGUCGACUACCUGGUAUCGCCGGCGUCAUGGGCUGCUGGAGCAGGACUUCUGUUCUUAUAUAUCGCCUCGCUUGCCGUCUAUAGAUUGUAUUUCAGCCCACUAGCGAAAUUUCCCGGACCCAAGCUUGCAGCGCUGACACUAUGGUACGAAUUUUACUUUGAUGUGAUCAAGGGCGGGCAGUAUACGUGGGAAAUUGGGAGGAUGCACGACAAAUAUGGCCCGAUCGUACGCAUCAAUCCGUAUGAACUUCACAUCAAGGAUGCCGAGUAUUACGAUGUCGUUUAUGCUGGCGGCAAAGCCAAGCGAGACAAGUGGCACUGGUCUGCGAAGAUGUUCGGCAACUCUGAUUCCAUGCUUGGAACGCUGCCCCAUGCUCACCACAGACUGCGUCGUGCUGCAUUGAACCCGUAUUUCUCGAAGCAGAGUGUGGCCAACUUGGAGCCAACGAUCAAAGGCGUUGUCGAGAAGCUUUGCAACAGGUUUGAGCAAGCCAAAGCAAGUGGUGAGCCUGUCAAUCUGGGAUAUGCAUAUGCAGCACUGGCCAUGGACGUUAUCACCGAAUACAGCUUCAGCAAGAGCUAUGGGUGUGUCGAUGACCCGGGCUUUGCGCACCAAUGGCCAGAUAUUGUGGAUGGCAUCUCCAGGCAAAGCCACAUCAACCAGCAGUUCGGCUGGCUCUUGCCCGCCAUGAAGAUGCUACCGCUGUGGAUGGUUAAAGCCACGAAUCCUGACAUGAUGCAAUUAAUUUACUUCCAAGACGACAUGGAGAAAUCCAUCAGCAAGAUUAUGGACGGCCGCACCGACACUAAACAAUCCACCAACCCAACCAUCUUCCACGAACUCCUCAACUCCGACCUCCCCGCUGAGGAGAAAACCCUCACCCGCCUCCGCGACGAAGGCCAGACCGUCGUCGCCGCCGGCCAAGUUACCACGGCACACCACCUGAAGACUAUGUCCUACCACAUCCUCGCAAACCCCUCCAUCCUCAGCAAACUACAAGCGGAGCUGAAGCAAGCCAUGCCAGACCCAUCCGUCCUCGCUCCACAGUCGAAACUCGAGAACCUGCCCUACUUUCGCGCCGUUGUGCUGGAGGGCUUCCGGAAGUCAUAUGGUGUAGUCCACCGCCUACAGCGUAUCUCUCCUGACCAGCCUCUGGAGUACAAAGAUUGGGUCAUUCCCGCAGGUACGCCCGUAGGCAUGACAUCAAUCUUUAUGCACGAUGAUCCAGAGCGUUUCCCUGAGCCUGAGAAGUUCAAGCCAGAGAGAUGGCUGAAUGGUGGUGGCGAGCGGAUGGAGAAGUAUCUAGUCAAUUUCUCGAAAGGCAGCAGACAGUGUAUGGGGAUGAACCUAGCGUAUGCGGAGAUAUACCUAACGUUGGCGGCGGUAUUCAGGCGAUUUGAGCUGGAGUUGUUCGAGACGACGGCGGGAGAUGCGGCUGUUAAGCAUGAUUACUUUAAUCCGCAGCCAGGGAUCGAGAGUAAGGGAGUUAGAAUUCUUGUGAAGUAG